UGAAGCUGAAGCUCGUAUGAAUAUUGAUUGAAUCUAUUUAGAUCGUCAUUAAUUAAAAGAAUAAAGAAACUAACAGUCAAGUGUAAAGCCGUGUAAAGUGUUGAUAAUUGCGAAGAAUCACCUUCACCGCGGGUUUCACACUUCUUUGGAAUUUUUUAAAACUAUUGUAUGCAGCCAACUGUGUGAAUAUUUCUUCUAUAAAAAGAAGAAGUCCUUUUUGACAUUGAUGUUGACAUUGUCAACUUGACAAUCUUUUCAAAUAUUUGGAUUCAAAUUUUAGACGGGUAAUAAAAAGAAAAGUUAUUCAAAACAUUAGUCGAGUCAUGUCGAGUUCGAGUUAGAGAAUAUCCCCACAGUUAUUAUAACAAUGUCAGACGCAAAAACGUUUAGAAAUCUUGAAGCAAAGCUUCACGAAGAGCUUUAUAAUAAUUUAUAUCUAUUAACACGAGUGUAUGAAACUCAUUCAGAGUUUGAUAGAGUUUUCAAGAGAGACAUGUUUGUUAAAAAAAACAAGGCAGCUUUUUACGAAGUCGUUUACUACUUGUUGGAUGCUUUGAAUCGUGAAUUAACAAAAGAGAAGUUAAAAUCAUGGCGUCCCUAUGAUAUUAAGGGAGAAACAAAAUUUCGGAGUGAAUUAUUAAAGUAUAUUAAUGAGUUGAAUAACCAUUACACACAUGCAAAUAUUCCCCCUAUAAUGGCCUCUCAUUUAAUUUCACCUGGUGGAUUUAAAUUUAUAACGUUCAUGUUAAAAUUAUCACAACUAGUUAUCUUUGAAUAUCUACAAAAUAAUAGUCGAGCCCUUUUAUUAUAUUGUUUAACACCGAGCUCAAAUGCUACGGUAAGGAAAGCACAGUUUGAUAACAUAAAAAGAAUUACAUCUGAAGUUAAACUUAGAACUAAUACAGCAACAAAGAAGUUUCAAGAAGAUACUAAUAAACAAAAGAAUGUUGCAGAUUCUCUGGUAAAAAGCUUAACCGAUUUGGAUAAAAGUAUUUCGACUGCAAAAAAGGUUCAGCUGGCAGCAGAAGAAGAAAUUUUCAAUAAAUAUACCGUGUAUCCUUCCAUAAACAGCCUCGAAGACAAAAUAGCUUCUUUGAAUUCACUUUGGAGCAGCCUUUCAAAUGUUCACAGUGUAUUAGAAGAUUGUAAAAGUAUUCAUGAAUACUUGGCGAGUAAUGAUUUAGUGUUGCACCAUACUGCGAAUUCGCAAAAAACACCUAAUUGCCAAAAAGAACAAAAAUUGAAUUUACCAGAAUUUUUGACUACCGUUGCAACAUUGUUAAAUAGCAAAUCGUUAGAGCUACCUAUUCUAGAUAAGAGUUUUAUAAGUGAAAGAUCAGAACAAAUUCGGAGCACUGCAGAAAAGUAUCAAGAUUUAAUUAAUGAAUUUAAUACAGACAUUCAACAGAUAAAUGCUCACGCUAAAGGUUUAUGUAAGAAUUUAAAAAGUGUUGACAAUUAUGUUAAGCUUCAAUUAAUAAAUAAUAAAGUUGAAUCUUCCGAAGAUAACUUAGGUAUACAACCUUUAGAAUAUUCUGAAUAAUAGCAUUGUAAUUAAUAUUUCGUUACAUUUUUUUAAAAUAAGUUAUAUUAUAUUUUUGUUAAUAUCUGCAUAUCUACAUUAAAAUGAUCUACAUCUCUGUA